AUGCUGCGAUCCUUGCUGAAUUCUCGAGGUGUCGCUCUCAGAAGCUUCCGCGCAGCGUUCUCCACAGAAACAGUGGCCGGAGCCGGUGAUGAGAGUAUCAUUGACUUUGUGGACACUGUUACAGAAUCUUCAGAAGCGCAGAACCAAUCCUUCGCCUCUUUGCUCCGAAACUCGAAAUUCAUGCAGCUCGGAGACUUCAACGGGCGGCUCGUUGUCGGAAAAAUUGUACACCGAAUUCAGGAGGACGUUUAUAUUGAUUUUGGACUGAAAUUCAAUGCCGUCUGCAAAGUUCCAGCUGUUAAUGCUGAAGCCUACCGUAGCGGUGCUCGUGUGCUCAUCCGUCUCCUCGACCCAGAGCUCAGCGAACGAUUUUUGGGAUCGAAGAAGGAUUUGACGUUGUUGGAAGCGGACGCGGUACUCGUACGUCUUCUAUCCAAUGUGCCACGUCAACAGCGUCAGAAUCAGAAGACGUCAGAAGUGGCUUCAAAGGAUUCUGAAGCCACGUCGUCGUCGUCGUCACCGCCCGUUUAA